ACAACGGCCAGACCACCAUCGGCGACAUAGCACGACCAAAAAUUGCCGACAGCUGACCCGUGGUAUUUAGAUACUCGAGUAGAACUGACAAUACUUGCAUAUCAGAGCUUUAGGAACUUUGUGACGAAUUCUUCCACGAGCAUUUAACGCCAACAUUACCCGCUUUUGCGAUCGUUUGCUGGUUUAUAUUUGCUUCCGGGUCAGCAUAAAACUGAGCGAGAAAGCAUGACGACCCGUCGAUUCUUCCGCUUCAUUGUCUUCGUAAAAGUUCAUUUCUGCUUUCGAUUUCGAAAAAGAUUGAAGGUCAUACUCUCCGCUUUAAUGCUCUGUUCAAUCUGCUUUUAUAUCUUCAGUACGUGGUACCAUUCACAAACGUAUGAUGCUGUUCCGAAUGUUGCGGUAAAAAAUGAUGCAGUAACCACUACAAACGGCACACCACGUGUCAUCGCAGCUGUGGGUGCUCUAAAUAUUCACGUAUGGCGAGAGGUUUGUGGCUCAAGCAUCCAAAAUCUGCGUCGAUAUUUGCUUUUUCCGCAUUAUCCUGACGAAAUGUUCAUGAAGUUCAAUAUGCUUAAGUUUCAAAUUAUCGACAAUACCAUCGAUUAUGGCCAACGGAUUUUUGGCUUCCUCCAUCCUCCUCACAGCGACGAGUACAACUUCGCCAUAGCCUCUGAUGACGAGUCAGAGUUAUGGCUCAGUCCUAACGAUGAUCUGAAGGAGAAACAGUUAAUUGCGCGUGUUUUUAAAGAAGGAGUAAGUGCGUGGACGAAAAAGGAUGAACUUCAUAAAUAUCCCGGACAAAUCUCAGAACAUCUAAUGCUCUCUGGAGACAGAAAAUACUGCAUAGAAGUUGUGCAUAAGCAAGGAGCGGCUCUUGGCUUUGUACAAGUUUAUUGGAAGCGUCGCAAUGAUACCGAUUUCUACCUUAUCAGUUCAGAGUACUUAUCGUCCCAUGCAAACGAUGUUAUGAUUACCAAAGCAAAAGAUGUUUUGCAUAGUUUGCUUUCGGAGAGCUAUCGUCAAGAUCUUGAGCUGAAAUCUAAAUCAACAGAUCAAAAACGCUUACAAUUUCCAUCACUUCCGUUGCUCCCAAAAGAUAGUUAUCUUCCCUUGUGUGAUUUCCAGUCCGGCUCUUUGUCAAACGGAGGAAAAGUGUAUCGUUAUCAAGGCCGCAAAGUGGUGCAGUUAUCCAGCGUCUACCCUACUGAUGAUAGCAGUGCACUGACUGAUAAAAAUUUGCGGAACUGGCCUAACAAAAUUGCUGACAGGGAAACAAUUCAUGCAGUCACGGAUGAGAUAAUUACGUCGCUAAACCACAAAACCUCAAAGAAAUAUUUUCUGAAGAGAAUUCACAAGGUUUUAAACAUCCCAGAUCCAGUUCAUGGCGAUCUUUAUUCUGUAGAUCUUGAACUCGGUUUACAAGACGUCAAUCAAUCAUUUCGUUUAUCAGAGCAUGUUUUUGGUAAGGAUGCCAACCACAACUUGUGUUUUCCUCGAGGUAUGAGCUGGAACAAUAAAGCUAAGGUGUAUUUUAUUCUCUCUGUCAAGGAACAAGGAAGAUGGGUGUAUCAUUUUAUUAACGAAAUCACAAUAGCCAGCUCUUUAACGGGCGAUACGAACUUUCAUGUCAUUGUUGUUGACUUUGAAAGCGAGGAUAUUGACAUGACAAAGGCAUUUAACACCACUCUUCUUCAAAACAAACACACGAUUAUUCCAUUAAAAGGGAAAUUUUACAAGACGCUGGCUUUGAACAAAGCUGUUGAGCAUAUUCCAAGUAUACAUGACAUUUUGUUUCUGUUUGAUCUCCAUAUCGACGUUCCGCAGGACAUAUUGGACAGCGUUCGUAAAAACACCGUCGAAGGACAUCUUGUUUACGCUCCCAUUGUAGGCCGGUUACAUUGUGGCAGUACGUAUGUAGAUCAUAAAGGUUAUUGGGAAAUGGAAGGAUUUGGCUUAAUGAGCAUUUAUAAAUCAGACUGGGAGAGGUUCAGAGGAAUGAACACCGAGGACUACAAAUACAAAUGGGGCGGAGAGGACUGGGACUUACUCGACCGUGUUAUCAAUGCUGAGUUAAAAGUUGUUCGAAUAAAGCACCCGGGUCUAUACCAUCAUUAUCAUACAAAACACAAAUCUUGGAAUUAACAUACGCCGUGCAAGUUACUCCAAUAACUAACUCCCGUUCUGUCAACCCUUAUGAAAGCACAUGUUCAAUAUGCUUGAAAGCGUGCCGUGCGGGAGCCAAGGAAACUGGGUCUACUACACGAGAUCGAAGCUUGCCAGGGGACUCCCCAGAGUAAGAAAGAAAACAAUGGUAGGAGGCCCUUUUUUCCUUUGAACCGCAUCUAGGAGGAGCACCGAUGGUGUCGCUGUGAGUCAAGAAGUAAAAAUCCAAACAACAUAAAAACUAUGCCAAAUGGUAGGGCAUCCGGCUUUUCACUAAAAUGAUAUUCAGGAUGUAGAUUAUAAAGAGAUACUUAGAAUGUUUAUGUCUUAUUUGGACCAUUUGAGGGCUACCAACACAGAACUGAAGUUAUCUCUACCAAAACAAAGUCCUUGUAAAACUCCACAUUUUAGUUAUUGACUCUUCCGUUAACCUGACUCAAUUGCAUUGUGAUCAGCUAGUUUUUGUCAUCCGAUAAUACAACUUCAAGGGUAACUUCACUUAAUAGGUUGCAAAUAUUUUUUAGUACGAUUCUUAACGAUGUAAUUGCAAUAA